AAGAGGGAGACGCUCCGGCAGCAUCACCAAACCCCCUCCACCCCUCUCCCAGACCCCCUUCUGUCUGGCCGACGCUCUCCCCAAUAACACUCUCCUUCAGUCAAGACAGGCGGUUUGGGGGCGGCUCGGAAACCAGCAAACAUGUCACAGACUAGGAGGAACACGUACACUCGGACCUACAGCAGCGGCAGCAGCAGGAUGAGCUCGGACGGGGGCGGGCGGCCCGUCAAAGUGGGCUCCCUGGUGGAGGUGAUUGGGAAGGGGCAGCGCGGCACGGUGGCCUACAUUGGCAACACGCUCUUUGCCUCCGGAAAAUGGGUGGGAGUCAUCCUGGAUGAGGCCAAGGGCAAGAACGACGGCACUGUGCAGGGCAAGCGCUACUUCACCUGCGCGGAGAAUCGUGGGAUAUUUGUGAGACAAUCACAGAUCCAGCUGGUUGAUGAUGGGGCGGACACGACGUCUCCAGAGACACCUGAGCCCGGCACCGGCAAGGUUCCCAAACGAGAGAUCCUGGAGACGCCCAAGUCCACUAAACUGCGAGGAUUGAAGCCCAAAAAGGUGGUGCAUGUUUCUCUAACCUCGACUCCAGCACCCCGGAAGACCACGGCCAGAAGGCCCAAGCAGCCCAGCCGACCUGCAGGCACCGGUGGGAAGGGGGCUGCGUCCGGCUCGGCCUCGGCCUCUGCUGGGGAGAUGAGCAGCAGCGAGCCCAGCACGCCGGCCCAGACCCCUCUGGCCGCUCCGGUCAUCCCCACCCUCCACUCCCCUGGAAACCCUCCAGCCCCCGUCCCCAGCAAGGAGGACGUCACUAUGGAAACACAGGAGGAAGAGGCGCUGCGUGCUCAGGUGAAGGACCUGGAGGAGAAGCUGGAGACGCUGAAGAUGAAGCGGACGGAGGACAAGGCCAAGCUGAAGGAGCUGGAGAAGCACAAGAUCCAGCUGGAGCAGCUGCAGGAGUGGAAGACCAAGAUGCAGGAGCAGCAGGCUGAGCUGCAGAAACAACUCAAAGAGGCCAAGAGGGAGGCAAAAGAAGCCUUGGAGGCGAAGGAGCAUUACAUGGAGGAGAUGUCGGACACAGCGGAUGCGAUCGAGAUGGCCACACUGGAUAAGGAGAUGGCUGAGGAGAGAGCAGAGUCUCUGCAGCUGGAGGUCGACUCCCUCAAGGAGAAAGUGGACGAGCUCACCAUGGACCUGGAGAUCCUCAAGCACGAGAUUGAGGAGAAAGGUUCGGAUGGUGCUGCCUCCAGUUACCAUGUCAAACAGCUGGAAGAGCAGAAUGGCAGACUGAAGGAAGCACUGGUCAGGAUGCGUGACCUGUCGGCAUCAGAGAAGCAGGAACAUGUGAAGUUGCAGAAGCAGAUGGAGAAGAAGAACGUGGAGCUGGACACUCUGAGGAGCCAGAAAGAAAAACUGCAGGAAGAGAUGACGGUGGCAGAAAGGACCAUCGACGAGCUCAAAGAGCAGGUGGAUGCAGCCUUGGGGGCGGAGGAGAUGGUGGAGAUGCUGACAGAGAGGAACCUGGACCUGGAGGAGAAAGUCAGGGAACUGAGAGAGACUGUCACCGACCUGGAAGCUAUAAAUGAGAUGAACGAUGAGCUGCAGGAGAACGCCAGAGAGACAGAGCUGGAGCUGAGGGAGAUGUUGGAUCUGGGAGCUGCGAGAGUCCGAGAGGCCGAGAAACAUGUUGAAGCUGCACAGGAGACUGUAGCAGAUUACCAGCAGACCAUCAAGAAAUACCGCGAGCUCACAGCUCACCUGCAGGAGGUGAACAGAGAGCUGACCAGCCAGCAGGAAGCCUCAGCAGAGCUGCAGCAGCAGCCGCCAGCAGAGAUGUUUGAUUUCAAGAUUAAGUUUGCAGAGACGAAGGCCUACGCCAAGGCCAUUGAGAUGGAGCUGAGGAAGAUGGAGGUGGGCCAGGCCAACAGACACGUUUCUCUUCUGACCUCCUUCAUGCCCGAGUCCUUCCUUCGUCAUGGCGGAGACCAUGACUGCAUCCUGGUGCUGCUGCUCAUGCCCCGGCUCAUCUGCAAGGCCGAGCUGAUCAGCAAACAAGCCCAGGAGAAGUUUGACCUGAAUGAAAAUUUUGUGGAGCGAGCGGGGCUGAAGGGAGCCGUCGGGGAGCAGCUGAGCUUCGCUGGCGGUUUGGUCUACUCGCUCAGUCUGCUGCAGGCCACACUACACAAAUACGAGCAGGCUCUGGCUCAGUGCAGUGUGGAUGUCUAUAAGAAGAUCGGCUCUCUGUACCCGGAGAUGAGCGUCCAUGAACGUUCUCUGGAUUUCCUCAUCGACCUGCUGCACAAAGACCAGCUGGACGAGACUGUCAACGUGGAGCCGCUCACCAAGGCCAUUAAAUACUAUCAGCACCUGUACAGUAUCCACCUGGCAGAUCAGAAUGAAGACUGCACCAUGCAGCUGGCUGAUCACAUCAGAUUUACCCAGAGUGCCUUGGACUGUAUGGCGGUGGAGGUCGGUCGUCUACGUGCGUUCCUGCACGCGGGUCAGGAGAAGGCCGACCUCGCCGUGCUGCUGAAGGACCUGGAGACUUCCUGCAGCGACAUCCGACAGUUCUGCAAGAAGAUUCGCCGCAGGAUGCCAGGAACCGACGCACCAGGCAUCCCAGCAGCGCUCAACUUCGGACAACAGGUGUCAGACACCCUCUCAGACUGUAGGAAACACCUGACCUGGGUGGUGGCGGUGCUGCAGGAAGUGGCAGCAGCUGGAGCUCAGAUGAUGUCGCCUCUUGGUGAACAGGAGGGGCUGUCAGCCGUCAAACUGGAGGACGUAGCGUUCAAGGCAGGAGAGCAGAUUUAUGGAUCCCAGGGCGCCAACCCCUACGAAUAUCUGCGGCAGUCCUGUGGCAUCGUCAUAGCAACCAUGAACAAGAUGGCCACCGCCAUGCAGGAGGGAGAAUAUGACUCAGACAAGCCUCAAAACAAGAACCCUCCACCUGUGGAUCUGCGAGCGGCGUCUCUUCGAGCUGAAAUCACCGACGCAGAAGGUCUCGGCUUGAAGCUGGAGGACAGAGAGACGGUCAUCAAAGAGCUGAAGAAGUCUCUCAAGAUCAAGGGAGAGGAGCUAAGCGAGGCGAACGUCCGUCUCAGUCUGCUGGAGAAGAAGCUGGACAGUUCAUCCAAAGACGCAGACGAACGUGUUGAGAAGAUUCAGACUCGACUGGACGAGGCCCAGACUCUGCUGAAGAAGAAAGAAAAGGAGUUUGAGGAGACGAUGGACGCCCUGCAGGCCGACAUCGACCAGCUGGAGUCAGAGAAGGCUGAGCUGAAGCAACGAAUCAACAGCCAAUCAAAGAUGACCAGCGACGGGCUGAGAGGAACCGGCCCAUUAGGAAUUGCUUCCAUCGUCACAGGAAUGGCAGGAGAGGAACAAAAAGCAAACAUGAUGUCCGAUGUCGGUUCAAGUUCGGGUGUCCAGGUGAUCGACUCUCCUCUGCUGACUCAGCAGAUUGAAGCUCAGAGACUCUGCAUCAAACACCUGAAGAAUGACAACAACAGACUGAAGGCUGAGAAGAUGCGUGCUCAGCUCGCCUCUCUGCCUCCUCUUCAUGUGACCAAACUUCCCUCCAGAGACGGAGGUCGUCCUGAAGUGCUCUCUAGUGCCCUCUACCGCAAGACCGACCAGCUCCUGGAGACUCUGUUGCAAAUGAGUGCCAAUGUCAAGGUGGUGGACAUCACUGGGAAAUCUCCAGGGAGGAGGUUACAUAUUACUCCCUGUAUGAAGAACAGAUGUGGGUUUUUUUGUCCUGCAGUGACACCUAGUGCUCAGCUCCUGGAACAGACCGCUAGAUUACAGUCCCUGAGUGACACACUGGGCAGACUGAAGGAUGAAGUUGCAGAGCACGUCGUCAACCAGCAACCUGGAGCUCGAGUGUCGUCUGAUUUCGCUACGUUCCCUUCGAACUCGUUUGUUAAGGCGAAGGAGGAGAAGCAGGGCGAUGCAGUGCUGGUGGGUCGGGUCAUGGUGCCGUGUCCCCGCGGUCAGGAGCAGGUCCACCGCCUCGUCCUGUCACAGUUUCAGCUGCAGAGAGUUCACAGUCUGCUGUGGACCUAAAACUUCACCUGCCCUGCGAUCCUGCCUGCUGUACCAAGACAACAACACCCCCCAUCAUCAGCUUGGUAGCCUGGUUUCCACUACAGGGCCGAACAAGUCAAACCAGGAGGUAUUUCAAAUCAUUAGUGGAGAGAUUACAACCUGCAGGAAAUUAUCUUAAUCUUCUUUGAAAAGCAAGUUGAUCUGUGACAGAGUGGUGGCUUGAGACGAGUCUAAUCUCAAGAUCACUUUGGAUUUUAGAUAUGUGGGACUUGAUUGGUCUGGUCUGGGUCUGUCUGGGCCUGUUUUGACGCUGCCUAGCCUUAGUUGCUUCUCAAUAUCUUUGAGUUUGUCAAACAAAACAUCUCAAGAUGCCACUUAAGACUUUGGUCAAUUAUAAUGGUAUUUGUUUUAUUAAUUAAAAAAAAAGUUUAACAUUUUAUCAACAAAACGAUUUAUUACUUGAAGGCCUGACUACAACUGUUAAUUUCUGAAAAUUUUAAACACACAAAAUCCACUUAAGACCAGAAAAGCAGCAUAUUUAUUUAGUGGUGUACCACUAAAGAGUGAUACUAUCAAAUAUCUCCUUUUCCCUCCUGUAAAAACUGCAACUUUCAGGCAUUCGACUCAACUUGGUUUUCAAAGUGACUUGGAUGAGACUGCUGUGCUCCUGACUACAGCCCUGCAUGCAGUAACUUAUAGACUGGGUGAGGCGAUCAUGGCUCCACACUCAUAACUUACAUGUCUAAAUUUUGUUUUAUGGCCAGGAAAAGAAGUAGAGAUACUUGCAACUGCACUGCUGCAUGCUGCCCAGAUUCACUUAAUGUUUUGUUGCGUAGAGUAUUCAUCAAACUCCUCCUUGGCCCUGGGCUGGAACCUGCACAGUGUGGUUUAUAUUAGGCCAUAACAUUGGAUGUUGCUCCACGUUUCUAUGUUACACCAUUGGCGCUACUGUUAAUGCUACACGGGAUAAGAAGGAUCAUGACUGUGUUGUGCAUUUUAAUCAGGUGUCACUGUUUUGUGCUCCAUUUUUAUAACUAAACUGUCUAAAGGGAAAGAAGGAUUGUGAUUUUGAAAUUCUACUGAAAAAAAAAUAAUAGAUUUGUCCAUUUAAAGUAGUGGGCAUUUUACUGUGGUUUGAACAAAGAGACUUUUUGCACAUAUAACAAGUCCUGAGUGACAGGAGAAACCAUAGGAGAACAAAAUCCUGCAGUCGCUUUACUUGGAUGUAACUUUAUUGCUGCAAAGACGUUUCACUGAUGGUCGAAUGACAAAAUCAUUUCAGCAAUGAAGUUACAUGCAAACUACAGUGUUGAGGAUUUUGCUCUGUGGUUUGAUUAAAACCUUGUGGACUGCACAGAACAAGAAAAGCUGAUUAACCUCAAGGGAUUUGCUGUGUAAAAACGCAGAUAAAAUUCUUUCGCAGAUUUUUCAUGUUUAUUUAAAAAGAAAAAAAACACAGAUGAAGCAUUAUAUGGUUUAAAUUAUUUAGUAUUUAUUACACUCGUGGUGUAAAUUCCAGUAUGUUGUUACCGUCUACUUUUACAUGCGUGAUAUAAAUGACACGUUGGUUGUAUUGGUAAAGUUACUGACUUACAAAAAAAAAAAAAAAAAAAUCCAGAAACGACUGUAUUACCUUUGUUCUGCUGAGAUUCCUGUUGCUGUUUCAGACGUAAACUUUGUCCGAGCCUUAAACCUGCAGAGAACCUUGUGGUUAAAAGCGGUCACCUGCCUUAAUUUUGAUUUGUUUAAAACCUUAUUUAAAAGCAAAACUACAUCUUUGCCAAAGAAUCUUUGUUUCUCUUCACCACAUUUGCCAUGGCUGAUUUUAAAAAGGCUUUUAGUUUAUUAAUCCAUGCUAAAUUAUUUUAAUUUAAUCACUAUUUAUGUUUACAAUGUAUUGUCAUAACUUGAAGUUUUAUUUUAUUAUUAAUUUAAUUAAUGGGCAUAGUGCAUCUACAUAACUGUAGUAGGGAAAAUGCAGACAUUUCUUAUUUAUUCAUUAUAUUUAUCUGUUCUCUCACUGAGCAGCUGAUGUACUGAAUCUGCAGCUUGUCUAACUUGUCUUACCUUUUCCCUUGUGUGGCUUCCUUCUCUUGCACAACCGAUAACUGAUCAAUAAAGACAUUAAAGCCAGUG